AUGAACAGGAGUUUUCAAUUCGACGAGCAUCGUUGUCAAGUUCUUCCAGCAGACAGAUGGCCUCUAUUCGAUAUUCAGAUCACUCGAUGGGCGAACGAUAAUAGGAAAAUGAGAUUACACAUUGGCGUUGACGUUCUCAUUAUGGAUAUGUGGAGCUUUAACAUUCUGUGGCUUGAACUAACUAUACUCUACGACAAGCCCGAUGGAAUUCUGCCACAUCUAAGUAUUUCCUUUCGAGAUUACAUUAUUACCGAGAGACUCAUGCGCGAAGCACCGCUUUACAAAGAAGCGAAAGAGUACUGGACGACUCGUCUGUCCCAUUUUCCGUUGGGACCUGCAUUGCCGUUACAAUGUUUGCCGAAUGAGCUCAAACAGCAACGAUUCUCUCGAUAUUACCAGAUGAUUGAUAAACUAACCUGGCAACAAUUAAAGCGCCGCAUUCUCAGUCAGCAUUUGUCACCUGCGGGGUUCCUCUCAACAGUUUAUGCCGAGGUGUUGGCCAAGUGGAUCGGGAUCGGUGGGCGCAAACACUUUGCAAUAAAUUUGACCACAUUCAGUCGAAUGCCGAUACAUCCGCAAAUAAAUGACAUUGCGGGUGAUUUCACAUCGACAGUUCCACUGGAAGUCGAUUUACGUAAAACUAUGACUUUUGACAAGCGUGUUCGUUUGAUACAGACACAGCUAUGGCACGAUUUAGAACAUUCAGUCUACAGUGGGGUAACGUUUGUCCGUGAUUUAAUGCAACAUCAUGGUCUUGGUACACGUCAGCUCAUUCUACCAGGGGUAUUCACCUGCGCCGUUGGCAUAGAUGAAGAUUCUAAAGCCGAAGCUGCUCUGGAACGAAUUCUGGGUGAAGAAGUAUACGGCGUUGCUAUGACACCCCAAGUCUGGCUUGACAAUCAAAUUGGUGAACACAACGGGCAGCUGGCGAUUGUAUGGGAUCACGUCACUGAUUUAUUUCCCACUGGAAUGAUUGAAGCUAUGCAUAACCAGUUCUGUGAGCUAUUAAAAAGUCUGGCGACGACAGAAGAUACUUGGAAACAGCCUCUUGUCCUCCCAUUGCCCGAAGAUCAACAACUUAGGCGCUCACUGUACAACAAAACUGAAUGGAAGAAUAUACAGUCUAAACCGCUUCAUAGUCUUGUUAUUGAACAGGCUGAAAAAACGCCGGAUGCGCUGGCCGUUUUAUCAUCGCGCGGUGAUCUGACAUAUCAGCAAUUAAUGGAACGUGUUUAUCCACUAGCCAAAUGCUUAAGAGAACAAUAUCUUAUCAAGUCGAAUCGGCUGGUGGCAAUCAUUAUGGAAAAGGGUUGGGAACAGAUUGUUGCCUGUUUAAGUAUUCUCAUAGCCGGCGCUGCCUAUCUGCCCCUGGAUAUUCACUCCCCAGAUGAACGUCUAAAUGCACUGAUCGAAGAAGGUGAGACUGAAAUCAUUCUGACUCAAUCUGAAUAUCACAAACGGUUUGCAACAAAGAUGAACGUCAUUUCCGUUGAUGAUUUUGUUGUUAAUCAUCUCUCGUCGCCUAACAACAAUUAUACUUCGUUGCAAUUACAGUCAUUGGCGCAGUCACAGUUGUCUGAUUUAGCCUACGUCAUAUUUACGUCGGGUUCAACAGGCAAGCCAAAAGGUGUGAUGAUUAGUCACCAGGCUGCGUGUAACACAAUUCUUGACAUAAACUCGCGAUUAAAUGUAACGUCAAGCGACAAAAUUUUUGCCUUGUCCCAUCUGAAUUUCGACCUGUCGGUCUAUGACAUUUUUGGCAUGUUGAUCGUCGGUGGAACUAUUGUAAUGCCCGGCGACAAGCUCUACAAAGAUCCCGAACAUUGGCACAAGUGUAUCAUCGAUCACCACGUAACAAUUUGGAAUUCCGUACCCAUGUUGAUGCAGAUAUGGCUCGAAUCCAAAGCUGAUAUUUCAGACAAAGUGACGUUGAGACAUGUUCUGUUGAGUGGCGAUUGGAUACCACUGCAGUUGCCCAAGCAGACUCAAGCAAAGUUUGGUGAAUACGUUAAAGUGACUAGUCUGGGUGGAGCCACAGAAGCCUCGAUUUGGUCCAUUGCCUAUUCCGUUCCCCGGGAAAUUUCACCCACAUGGAAAAGCAUACCUUAUGGAAUGCCGCUACGUAAUCAGCGAUAUUAUGUUUAUGAUGAUCAAUUCAACUCAUGUCCCGAAUGGGUCAUCGGAAAGCUGUUUAUUGGCGGUUCAGGGCUCGCCGAGGGCUACUGGCAUGACGAGAAAAAGACAGCAGCUAGUUUUAUUGUGCAUCCUUGUUCUAGUGAACGGCUCUAUGCGACAGGUGAUCUCGGCCGCUUUUCACCCGAGGGAUAUAUUGAGUUUUGGGGUCGGAAUGACUCACAGGUGAAACUGCACGGGCACCGAAUUGAACUCGGGGAAAUCGAAUAUUAUUUGCAACGUCAUCCGGGUAUUCGCCAGGCAGUGGUCGAUGUUAUUGAAAACAAACGUCUCGUUGCUUAUGUAACUCCAUCAGCCAAAAACGACGAUGACAAUGAUUCUGCUAGCAUAACAAAUUCGUUAGAACGAACAAGUUUCAAACUAGCCAGACACGGUUUACUCCGAGAUGAUUUUCUGACUAGUAGGGGUACGACUACUGUACCGCUUGCGAAGCGAACAUUGACAGAAACAGUGAUCGAUGCCUACUGUGCACGAAAGUCCUAUCGACGAUUCACAAAAGACAAAGUGACCAAAUCGGAUAUAGUGAAUUUACUCGAAAAAAGCAAUAGAAAGCAAACAAAUGCUUCAGCUAUGAUCAUCAACCUUGAUAGUAUCAGUCAGCUUUUAUCUGUACUAACGACUAUCGCUCUGCCCGAUCAGCCUUUGCCAAAAUAUCGCUAUCCGUCAGCGGGCAGCCUGUAUCCCGUACAAGUGUAUCUCCAAGUGUCUGGUGCUGCUGUUCCUUAUCUCCCGUCAGGCCUCUAUUACCAUCAACCAGAUAAACAUGUUCUUGUGAAAAUCGCGGAGGACGACGAUUACCAAGAAAGAAUACAUUUGCAUUUGGUUGGAAAGCAGGUGGCAAUUGAACCAGUGUAUGGACAAAAACUAGCGUCUAACUUUUGUUCGUUAGAAAGCGGCUACAUUUACGGAUUAUUGGAAAGAAUGGCUGGCGAAAUCGGCUGGCAACUGUCGACACUGACAUCACAUGCUUCAACAGAUCUUUGGGAACAAGUAGGUUUAAAUGAGAACGACACAUACUACAGUUUUUCAAUUUUACCGAAUGCUACUGCUCAUAGUCAAAUAUCAUUCGAUUCUUGUGCGAUACUUCCUGACUGUUAUGUCUAUUUGAAAUCAUCAUCGUCUUGGCACAUUUCCGGCGGUAAGGGCGAUAAAAUGACCGAGGUGGUUUACUAUCCAGUAACUAAUCUAGAUUGGGAAGAACCAGUAGCCUUAGGAAGCGGUACCGCUGAAGCGCGAGCUAUUGUAGACGAUUGUCAAGUUAUCAUGUAUUUUGUCGGAGAAACGUGGCAAACAUUUGGCGUUGGUAGAUGGGCCCAAUGGUUGAUAGAUGUUGGCAUUGAAAACAAUAUUGGAAUGUGUCCGAUUGGCGGAAUUAUUGACAGAAAAAUCGAUUUAGCACUAUGCAGCGACCGUUCGGAAAACCGGGUGUUGCAUACACUCUGUUUGGGAAAAAUAAGUGCUGAACAAAAGAAAGAAAGAAACAUAUCACAACCUCGUAAAUGCGAUUAUUUUGAUCCAGUGAAAAAAUAUUUAAAUGCGCUUUUGCCCGAUUACAUGGUUCCAUCGACGUUUAUACUCUUAGACGAGUUUCCACUAAAUCAGAAUGGAAAAAUUGAUCGUAAGCAGUUGCUUGACUGUAAUAGUCAUCUUCUGACGACGUUUAAGACAGAUGAUUCGUCUUUGGUUGAAUGUGCUUCGUUAAUGGAAGAAAAUAUUCGUGACAUAUUUUUAAACGGGUUCAGUUUGACGGCAUCAGAAACAAACAGCGGCAUCGAUUUGACGGCACCGUUCGGUCGUCUAGGUGGCUCAUCAUUAGGGGCAAUGAAGGUUAUUUCACUCAUUCGUCAACAGAUUUAUCCUAAAAUGGACGUUGGCUUGCUAUUCUCAUAUCCAUCUGUUCGUCAACUGGCUGAAAAGUUAGAGCCUUUGAUCGAUAUUACUCGUAUUGUUUCUGCCCAUACGAUGACGUAUGGGCAGAAAUGCGACAGCAGCAGCUUGCUCGCCAAGAAAGAAGAAAAAGUUACUGUUUAUUCGACAAAAUCACGUGUGCUUGUCGAAACACUUGGUAUUAUCGCUCUGAUUUGCCAUUAUCUGAUUCCAAUAUUGUUAACAGCCAAUUUCCUAGUACAAUCUUCUUUCUUUCCCAUGGUCAUGUCAGUUCUAUUAGCACUGGUGUUAAUACCCUUUCUUCAUCUAUCUCAGUACAUAGUGUGCAAACGUGUGCUGUUUCCUGGACGAGGGCUGCAGCCGGGGAGCUAUCAGCUCUAUUCAUGGACAUAUUAUCGUUGGUGGCUGUUGAAUCAAAUGUGGAUAUUAAACAAGACGUGGCUGCGUUAUUUACUCGGUACACCGUUCUAUAAUUGGUAUUUGCGGCUAUGUGGAGCUAAAAUCGGCCAUAAUGUGCAUCUGUACACAAAGUCAAUUGAUUGUACGAAUCUAUUGGAAAUAGGCGAUUCCACAUUCAUUCAUAGUCACACAAUGUUAAACAGUUUGUCGUAUCUGAAGACGACAUUUGAAUUGAACAGAAUCAAAAUCGGAUCUUGUUGCACAGUUGGCGUAAGAUCUGUUCUCAACGACGGCGUUAACAUGGGAAAUAAUGUCGAUGUUGAAUCUAUGUCACGUGUUAGUGGACAGAUUCCAUCUAGCAUUCGUAUUGAUGGUGAACAACAGUACAAACUGGAUUCAUUAGUGACAUGCAAUGAGGACAGUGGAAAUGCACGUUUGGCCAAACAUUUUUAUCAGUUCAUGUGUAUAUUCGCCAUUAUCUGUUUGCAUUCAAUUGCACUUUGUCUGGCGUAUUCAGCACAUGCUACAUUCCUUUGCUGGACAUUCCUGUGGAUUGAUCUGCCUCUCUGUUUUAUGAUAUGGUCAUUGAUCGGUAUUUCUAUGACAUUGCUUCUCCUUAAAUUUGUCAUUGGUAAUGUUCAGCCGGGCACGUAUAAACUGAAUUCUUGGUACUAUGUACAUAAACUAUGGUUUAGGCAAUUGAUCGUAUCGAGUUUUCGUUAUUGCUUUUUUGUUUUGGACACUAGUCACCCAUGGUUUCCGCUUAUUCUUCGCUCGUUAGGCGCGGAAAUAGAUCUAAAUAAUCAUGAUGAUAUAAAAAUUGGUUAUUUGCAUUAUUUCCUUCAUUAUCCAUCGAAUUUACUCACAAUUAAAAAUGGAUUAACAACCAAUGCCAGAGUAGUGUUAGUACCAUUCGAUUUAUCCUGCCGGGGCCAGUAUAUCACAGUCAAUCGAAUUACAUUUGGAGAAGGUGUCACCUGUGGCAACGACUGCACAAUUCACCAAGGCUCAACUAUUUCGGCUCACACGAUGAUCGGAAGUAUUACACGAAUCACACGAGAAACAGCAGCAAUUUCCUCGUCUAAUUACAAUGACAAUAACAUCUUAUUCGGGGUGCCUGCCCGUCAAAUGCCGUUUGUGUUACCAUCUUGGCCGGAGAAAGAUGAUCGUUUUAUAAUUUUGAAAAAAAGUAUUUUUCGAAUAUUUUUCGUACAUCUAAUUGCCAAAAUGUCUGUAUUGGUUUCGGCAAAAGGAACGGAGAAAACAGUCGAUCCGGACGGCUGA